GGAGCCCUGACGAGCCUCGUCUGCAGCCAUUUUCUACCCCGCUUUUGCCUUGACGAUUGCCGAGCAGCCCGCGUUUAACCAGGAAAGGGCGCUCGCAAGGAUGGGCCGGCGAGGUAGUAACUGACUUAGCGACACGCGGUUGCUAACUGCGCGAUCCACUUUCUGCAGGAAGGGCGGUCUUGUGAGUCAGGCAUCGAGAUCGGGGCCUUGCGUGAUUAGCCUGCGACGCAGGAAGAGAAAGCCCGCUAGUGACGCCAUCUCUCUCGGACCAAGGGGAACUCUGUGAAAGACUGUCGCGGAAAUGGAUGGGGGCUGCGGCCCGAUCGAGGGGUGCGCGGAGGGGCCUUCCAGGUGAAGGCAGCACCCAACUGCCCCCCCUCCUACUCGAUGGUCAGCGAGUCCUGGAUCCAGCUCUCCUACACCCACUCUGUCACAGGGGAAACCCGCAGCCAGAUGACUUUGGUUUUUUGGGGCAGGGUGUAACGUCCCCGAUCUCCGGCAACAUGUCUGGUGGACUUAAGACAUCGAGUUUCCCCACCUGGAAGCGGCAUAUCCUGGAUGAACUGAAGCGUCGAGACCGGUUGCAAAGACAAGCCUUUGAAGAGAUAAUCUUGCAAUAUAACAAGCUCUUGGAGAAGUCAGAUUUCCAUUCAGUGCUGGCUGACAAGCUACAAGUGGAAAAGUAUGAUUUGCCAAGCCGGCAUGAGAUCAGCCCAGGACAUGAUGGUGCAAGAAAUGAUGCUCAUCUUCAAGAAGUAGCUCAAUUAAGGAUUAAACAUCAAGAGGAAUUGACAGAGCUGCACAAGAAACGGGGCGAGUUGGCUCAAUCUGUGAUUGACCUAAACAAUCAAAUACAACAGAAGGACAAAGAAAUACAAAUAAAUAAUGUCAAAAUUGCAGAAUAUUUACAGAAGAUAUCUGAACUGGAGACUGAGUGCCAUGAUUUAUGCAACAAGCUUCAAGAUCUCGAACGAGCUAAUCAGACUCUUAAGGAUGAAUAUGAUGCUCUCCAAAUCACCUUUACGGCUCUUGAAGAAAAAUUAAGAAAAACCACUGAAGAUAACCAAGAACUAGUAACUCGUUGGAUGGCAGAAAAGGCUCAAGAAGCUAAUCGCCUCAAUGCAGAAAAUGAGAAAGAUUUAAGGAGAAGGCAAGCUCGGCUUCAGAAAGAACUAGCAGAAGCUGCUAAAGAACCACUGCCAAUUGAACAGGAUGAUGAUAUUGAAGUCCUUGCUGAUGAAACCUCCGAUCCAGCUGAGGAGACAUCUCCAGUUCGUGCUGUCACAAGGACAGCAAGUAAGCGACUCUCCCAGCCCACUGGAGGCCUUCUGGAUUCUAUCACUAAUAUCUUUGGUCUGUCUGAGUCUCCCCUUUUGGGACAUCACUCUUCUGAUACUGCCAGGAGACGUUCUUUAUCUUCAUGUCCUAUCCCUCAAGAUAAUACUGAUGUUCUUCCUACUGCAAGCAGAGAGGUCCGAUUACCCAACACAGCAGUGUGUUUCUUUGAUGCACACGAUGGGGAGGUUAACGCAGUCCAAUUCAGUCCUGGUUCUCGUUUAUUAGCAACAGGAGGCUUGGACCGGAGGGUCAAAAUUUGGGAAGUUUUUGGUGAUAAGUGUGAAUUUAAAGCCUCCCUAUCUGGCAGUAAUGCAGGGAUUACUAGUGUAGAGUUUGAUAAUGCUGGUUCCUACUUAUUAGCGGCUUCAAAUGACUAUGCCAGUAGGAUCUGGACAGUGGAUGAUCAUCGGUUACGGCACACGCUUACGGGGCAUAGUGGAAAGGUUUUAUCAGCAAAAUUCCUUCUGGACAAAGCUCGCAUUGUAUCUGGGAGUCAUGACAGAACACUCAAGCUAUGGGACCUGCGCAGCAAAGUCUGUAUAAAAACGGUGUUUGCUGGCUCCAGCUGCAAUGAUCUUGUCUGUACAGAACAAUGUGUAAUGAGUGGACACUUUGAUAAGAAAAUUCGCUUUUGGGAUAUUAGAACUGAAAGUGUGGUACGGGAAAUGGAAUUGCUGGGAAGAAUUACAGCUUUAGAUCUCAACCCUGAGAGAACAGAGCUGCUUACAUGUUCUCGUGAUGAUCUGUUGAAAAUUAUUGAUCUCAGAAUCAAUGCUGUCAAACAUACAUUCAGUGCUCCAGGAUUUAAAUGUGGGUCUGAUUGGACUAGAGUUGUAUUCAGCCCUGAUGGAAAUUAUGUUGUGGCUGGCUCAGCAGACGGAUCACUUUAUAUAUGGAGUGUGCUCACUGGAAAAGUAGAAAGGACACUUUCCAAGCAUCACAGCAAUCCCAUCAAUGCUGUGGCAUGGUCACCAUCUGGAGCCCAUGUGGUCAGUGUGGACAAAGGAAAUAAGGCGGUGCUGUGGUCUGAAUUUUGACCUAAAAGUGCAAAACACUAGCUUGCCAAAACAAUGCAUGGGAAGGCAAAGUGUCUGUCUAUCUAGAGAGGAGAGAAGUUCCGUAUCUGGCUCUCACCCCAGUUUAUUUGCUGAGUGCAUAAGCUUGACUUUAGCAAAGAAUUAUUGAUGCAUCCAUCAGGAAGAAAACUGGAUCCUGAUUACAGUAUGUUGCUGCUAUCUAACUGUCAUAAGGUUUGGGUGUGGAACUGGUCAUUUUUAAAAUGCACCAUCUGCACACUGAAAAGUUUCUUACACCAGAUAGCAGCAGUCCUGAAACAAUAUUCUAUGGCAUUUCACUAUUGAGUGCUGUAGCAAAAGUUCCUGUAUGUCCUGACUUUAUGCAUGUACUCAUACAUGUGUCUUCUUCUCUGAACUAGCUAAGAGAGGAGGUGAAGGAUCCUAAGACAUAGAAUGGUGGGAUCCAAAGUGUAAUCUUAUUUGAGUAAGCCAUGAAUUUGGCAGUUGCAUCUGUGGGAAUUCUAGUACUUAGCAAAUCACAGCUUCUUGUACCAGCUUGAUUUGUGGCAGGCAGAAUUGUCUAAAAAACAGGAGGUGUAUCCUCCAAAGGUUAUCCAGGCAGCAGUGAUACAGAAGCAUUUUAAUUUGUGCAUUUUGGGUUUUAAUUGUGGGAUACAACAAGAAGUUCUGCUGUAAUGAAGAAUGUAUGAUAGCAUGACGAGCACAAAAACCAAAUCCAGAGCAACUUCUGCUAUCUUGCAGUUUUAUAUUGAGGGCAAAGGACAUGAAAGGAAAUAAACACCUGAAGCUGAAUGUCCUGGUGCUGGCAAAUCCGUAUCAUUUGCCUCUGACUUAAAUGUGCAAUAUUCUUUCUGUGUUGGAGCUCUCUCUUCUCCCUCCCUCCGUCCCUGCCAUGGAGGAGGCUUGGGGGGGUGUAUGUGUCCUUCGGUGGUUAAAUGCACAAUAUGUUUGAGGAGAAUUUGUGGCAUUGAAGAUUCAUUAGCCAAAUACUUUUCCACAUUCAGUGGGCUGUGAUACAAGCCACCAGCAUUAAAUUGCCUUUUCAUUUGCACUUUAAUUUUUCUUCCUUCCACAACUUAUUUUGUAUUGCUUGUAUUGGAGGGCAGGAGAGCAGGAUUCUUUUGGGUCUGGGGUUCUCAUUAGAUCCCUUCACUUUGACAACUUAUGCAGAGGAAAAUGGAAAGUACAUGGGACAAACUUUAUUUAUUGUACUAAUCUGUCCACUAGUACUUGACUGAUUAUAAAUAAACCAAUAUCCUGCUUCUAAAAA